UCCUGUCCAGGAGACACUAGAAAAGAAUCUGGAAGCCUGUUCCAGCAUUAUUGCUAUACUCGCGGUGGCAUGCGCCAUACUUCUUACACUUGUAUCUGUGGCAGUGGCAACAAUUCCUCUGUUUUGCACUAUGGACAUGCUGGAGCCCCAAAUGACAAGACUGUUGAAGAUGGAGACUUGUGCUUGUUUGACAUGGGAGGAGAAUAUUACUGCUAUGCUUCUGACAUUACCUGCACUUUUCCAGCAAAUGGAAAGUUCACUCCUGACCAGAGGGCCAUCUAUGAAGCAGUGCUUAAGUCAUCUCGUGCUGUAAUGAAGGCAAUCAAACCAGGGGUCGGCUGGCCUGAUAUGCACCGUCUGGCAGACAGAGUCCAUCUGGAAGAGCUGACUAAAAUUGGCAUCCUGAAAGGCAAUGUAGAUGACAUGGUGAAGGUUCAUCUGGGUGCAAUAUUUAUGCCACACGGACUUGGACAUCUACUUGGAAUUGAUGUGCACGAUGUUGGAGGCUACCCAGAGGGAGUUGACCGCAUUGACCUGCCAGGCCUCAAAAGUUUGAGAACUGCCCGCAUUCUUAAGGAAGGCAUGGUGCUGACCGUGGAACCAGGCAUUUACUUUAUUGACCACCUGUUGGACCAAGCACUCAAUGAUCCUUCACAGUCUUGUUUCAUCAAUAAUGAAGUGCUGCAGCGUUUUCGAAGAUUUGGUGGGGUCCGAAUUGAGGAUGACAUUGCAGUGGCAGCCAAUGGAAUGGAGCUACUAACGUGUGUCCCACGCACUGUGGAAGAAAUAGAGGCUUUCAUGGCAGAAGCCCAAGGCAGCACCAAGUCAUUUGACUCCUUGGCCAGCCAAAAGUAGUAAACUCCACAGUGGUUUCUGCCUUCCACUAACCAGCCAUUGUUCUGAUUUUACACUACUGCUUAGAAAAUAAAAUGUAUCAAUUCUGCACAGCAAAUUGAAUCAGGCAAGUCAUUAGGCUGGAAUGAUUACUUUAUUAGAAAUGAAGUUAGAAGGAUUCAGCACUAUACCUUGAGGUAGCUCUAAGUCUUUAUGCUUGCAAUCAACAAUUUAUAUUACUAAGUGCCAACUGGAAAAUAUUACAGCAUGAACAGCUGAAAUUAUAAAGCUUUAACAUCUCUGCUCAUCUGUAUCUUUCCAAUCAGAUCUGCAUUUUGAUAGCAGUGAUUUUUUUUUAAAUAACAGCUGUAUUAUCUGAAUGUUGCCUGUAAUCAUAAGAAAAUUCUUAGAAAUCCUAUUUUGGAAACUUAUACCACAACUAUUACAAAGUCUUUUUGUUGAUUGAGAGUGGCUGAAAAAGUGACACACCUACAUUUUUCUUGAUAUUGAUGGAAUGGACAGAAGUAAAUGUCUAAUAAAAAUCCUCCCUGAAAGUUGUUCAUAA